AUGUCAGCAGUGACAAUGCCAAAAUCGGAUUUCACUGUUUCAUCAUUACUCAAUUCAUCAAACACUAAUACAUCUACUAAUACUAAUACAAAUAUUGCUGCUAAUGUUACAGCAAAUUACCUUCAUUUUUUAAAUAAAUUUCGACCACUUGGUUUUUCAACACCAAGAGAUCUUUUAGUUCCACCUCCACCACCACCACCUCCACCACCCGAACCAAUACAUCGUUCACAAGAUGAUGGUAUACAUGAUGAUCCAAAAGUUGAACUUGAAAGUAAAGAUUUAUGGGAUCAAUUUCAUCAACAUGGAACUGAAAUGGUAAUCACAAAAAGUGGAAGACGUAUGUUUCCACCUUAUAAAGUUAAAACAACAGGUCUUGAUAAACGAGCAAAAUAUAUUUUAUUAAUGGAUAUUGUUGCUGCUGAUGAUUGUCGAUAUAAAUUUCAUAAUUCACGUUGGAUGAUUGCUGGAAAAGCUGAUCCAGAAAUGCCUAAACGUAUGUAUAUUCAUCCUGAUUCACCAGCGACAGGCGAACAAUGGAUGUCAAAAAUUGUUUCAUUUCAUAAACUUAAAUUAACCAAUAAUAUAUCAGAUAAACAUGGAUUUACAAUUUUAAAUUCAAUGCAUAAAUAUCAACCACGUUUUCAUAUAGCACGUACAGAUUCAAUAGUUGAUUUAGGUUGGUGUCCAUUUCGUACAUUUAUAUUUAAAGAAACAGAAUUUAUUGCUGUAACUGCAUAUCAAAAUGAAAAAAUUACUCAACUUAAAAUUGAUCAUAAUCCAUUUGCAAAAGGUUUUCGUGAUAAUGGACAAGGUAAACGAGAAAAAAAACGUAUUAUGCUUAAUGAUCACCAUCAUCAUCAUAACCAUCAUCAUCAACAUCGUCAUCAUCAUACACAUCAGGAUGAGUCCGAUGAUAGUGAUAUAUGUGUUGAUGAAACAACAACAACAACAACAACAACAUCAGCAACAAAUAAUAAUAAUAAUAAUAAUUCAACUAAAGCAGAAGAAACUCCAUUACAUAGUUUAUUAUUUACUGCUGCUGCUGCUGCUGCUGCUGCACAAGCUCAAGUUCAUCAUCCACUACGGCAUCAUCCAUAUGCACAUCCACAUUAUUUUCAAUAUCGAAAUUAUCUUUAUGAACAACAACAACAACAACAACAACAACAAGCUGCUGCAACAGCAUUACGUUUAGCCAAUCAUAAACGAGAACAUGAUGAUAAUGAUGAUGAUGAUGAGGGUGGUGGUGAUGAAAAUAAUACAACUGAUGUUGAUUCAACUAAAAGAGUUAAACGUGAAAGAUCGAACAGUGCUGGUGCAACAAGUAUUAGUAAUAGUUCAGAUGAAAUUACAACAACUAUAAAUAAAUCUUCAAAAUUACCAUCAUCAACAAUAGCAACAACAAAUGAUGAAAUUAUUAAAUCAGAUCCAUUAGCAAUGUUUAAUUCAAAUAUAAAUCCUCAACACCUUUAUUGGUUCUUACAAGGUAAUAAUAAUAACAAUAACAAUAAUACACUCCCACCAAUACCAACAAAUUUAACAGCAAAUGAUUGGUAUGAAACAUUUUUUUUACAACGACGAACAACAAUUCCAUUACCAACACAAAUGAUUCAACAUCCAUUUUCAAAAUUAUUUGCUCGUACAUUACCACCAUUAUUAUCAUCAGCUCCACGUAUGACUUCACCACAAUCAACAAGUCCGAAAUAA